AUGCUGAGCCGUUCUCACCACAGCCUGCGCGCUCUGUCGCGGACCGGGCGCGCCUUGGAAGUGCGGAUAGACAGCCCUUUGUCGCAACAAACUGUUCGGCGGAAAUCAGGUCCAUACGGCUACACUCAGGCCAAGGCUCUUGUCUUCUCGAAGAAUGGAGAGCCAUCUGAUGUACUACAGUUGCACACAUUUUCCAUUUCGCCCUCGAUUUCGUCCAAAUCCCUUUUGUUGCGGUCUCUUGCGGCUCCCAUCAACCCUGCGGAUAUAAACACUAUUCAGGGGACUUAUGGCUCUCAGCCUAGCUUCACAUCUUUAAUAGGGACGUCUAGCCCGUCUGUCAUCCCGGGAAAUGAAGGUGUCUUCGAAGUUGUUUCAACGGGCGAUCCGGCAUCACCUAUUCGCAAGGGGGAUUGGGUCAUCCCGGCCGUUGCGCAAUUCGGCACAUGGAGGACACAUGCCGUUGCAGAGCUGGAUCAGGUCUUGAAGAUUGACAAGGAGGGACUGCGUGCGACUCAGGCGGCAACCAUCUCUGUCAAUCCCAGCACAGCAUAUCGCAUUCUGAGGGCUGGCGAAUGGUUCAUCCAGAACGGGGCAAACUCGGGAGUUGGAAGGGCCGCCAUACAGCUCGGCAAGCUCUGGGGGCUGAGGAGCAUCAACAUCGUGCGGGAGCGAAGCUCUCCUGAAGAAACCGAGGCGUUGAAAGCGGAACUCGUCGGCCUCGGCGCUGAUGUAGUUGUAACGGAAGCACAGUUUCUAUCGCGGGAGUGGAGAGACCAGCUUGCGGAAAUCACAAACAAAGGCCGCGACCAGAUUGGCCUGGGCCUGAAUUGCGUUGGCGGCAAAUCUGCCACGGCCCUCGCUCGCUCGCUCAGCGAAGGUGCGACGAUGGUGUCGUACGGUGGCAUGGCCAAGCAGCCAGUUGCCCUUCCUGUUGGCUUGCUCAUAUUCAAGGACAUUCGCUUUGUCGGCUUCUGGCUUUCUCGCUGGAACCAGCAGGAUGUCGCUGGGCGCAAGCAUAUGAUUGAUUACAUUGUUGAUCUUAUCCGCCAGGGCAAAUUUCAAGAUGUUCCCCUAGACGAAGUGGCGUGGAAUUGGGACACUGACAUUUCGACUCUGGCACAAGAAGUGCAGGGCGGUCUCCAAGGGUUUAGAAGAGGCAAGGGCAUAUUCGUGUUUGGUGAUACUUGA